AUGACUGUGAAGCCCUGGGUUCUCCUACUUAUCAUGCUCAUCUAUAGGGUUGUGAUGCUUCUGCCUGUGCUGGGAGGCCUCAAGAACAAGACUUUUUUCAUGGGUGAAUGGAUCUACCACCUACCAUUGUCUACCAUCUACCAUCUCAUUCCAGUUGGAAGAACAGUCACUGAGCAGUGCUGGGUACAGCCUCCAUUAAAGUAUUGUGCGAAGAGGUGCACUAAAUUAUUGGAGUGUUUAUCUCUCAAUCAUACAUGCUGUUGGACCUUCUGUGGAAACGUUUGCUUGGACAAUAGGUGUGGGUUAGAGGAUGACUGUGUAGUCUAA